AUUUUUGGAAAUUUAAUAAAAAUUAAAAAUUGUUAUAAAAAUUUAAAAAUUGUUAUAAAAAAUUAGUAAUACACAUAGAAUAAUAAAAGUUCAACAAUUUAGAGUAGGCCAAUUUAUGAGACAAUAAGAACAAAGGGAGCAGCCCGGGCCGGGCCUCCUCCUGUCUAGACAAAAGCUAGCUAGGAGAGAAGGCAAAGAAAAGAGAGAAAUCUCUCUCUUUUUGAGGCUCCUCUUCAUGACUAUGCAUAUUUUAUUUAAAACAUGAUAUUUCAGCUGGUUCUUGUUACAAAAGUUUUUUGUUAAUCUCCAGGCACCUGUGAGUCUGUUGGUCCUUGAAAAGUUCUCUUUUUUGUUGAUAAGAAAGGCCAUAAAUUCUUCUUCACUAGAAAAUUUUAAAGUCUCUGCAACCGUUAUCUCUGUGCAAAGAAUUCUUAUUUUCUCUCUUUCUUGAGCUAAAAAGAAUAUCACACACACAUAGCUUCUAAAGCUUAAUGUUAAUUACAAAAUUACAUUCACUAUAUUAUUCAAAUGUUAAUACAGCAUAACUUUUCUACCUAGCAUAUCACAUAUAGUAAAUAUCUGCGUAGAGCCACACAAUAUGCAUUUUUCACAACUGGUUUGGAGAAAAACGAUGUAGGAGUCUAAAUUAUUACCGAGCUGUGCUUUCAAGUGAAUGGGGAAGGGAGAGCCCCACUCAUCGCUGCUCUUUAUUUGUUUCUCCCGUUCAGAUGCAUCGUGGCAGAAGCCAUGAACUCCAGAAAAUUCCCCUCAGACCCACGGAGGAUUUUCGCCGCUGCUAAAGCCCCCAGCCAGCAGCCAGCCCGCCUCCUGGUGGUGGAUGUCACCUCCCCUUCCUGGGCCAGCACCUGCUCCGUGCUCUCCGAGGCUCUGGAGAACGCCCUGAGCCUGGCCUGCGGGCUGCCAGCGCCCUGCAGGCUGCCCCUGCUCAGCCUCUACGUGGUGCAGCCCCAGCAGGAGUGCCUGCUGCCCUUCACGCAAGUGAAAGAAAACUUUGCCCGGAUUCAAGCCUGCAUCUCGGAGCUGCGCUCACUCCCGGCCGAAGGCUGCUUCCCGCAGGGGGCGAACGGAGUGGUGCAAGCUGUGCAGGAUGGGCUGCAGCAGUUCAAGCAGUACAGCAGGCACACGGCAGCAGGAGUCUCCACAAAUAGCUCUGUUGAGAUCACAAUUCUGACCAGCCAGCCCAGCAGACAAAUGGUGAAGCAGCUGGAAAAGAAGUUACAAGACAUAGACCUGGUGAGCCUGCGAAGAAUCCAGGUCAUUGAGGUUCUGAAGAGAGAUUUCCUGGAGCCUGAGGACAUGGAGCAGUGUGUGCCAGCAGAGGAGCCCAGCAGUGAUAUGGCAAUCCUGGGAAUGGACAUCGAGGUGCAAACUGUAGAGGACAACAUCAUCAGCCUGGAGAUGCUGUUUAAAACGUGGCUCCACGACCAUGGCACAGAGAGGGAACAGCUCCAUCUCCUCCUCCCCUCAGGAAGUUUUGGCCAUGCUGCUGCACCCAAGAACACCUUAAUGUGCCUGAAGUGCGACCUGCAGGAGAGGCUGCUGGACCCAGCCCUGCUUUCAGGGACAGCUGAUGGCACUGGGAGGGCAGCAGAUGCCACCUCUGCCUGGCACGUGGCAGCCUGGCCACCCUCAGCUCUGCACAAGCUCCACGUGCUCAAGGCUCUGAAGGCUGAAGGGGUCUGUGAGUCUGUGCUCUAUGGGCUGCCCUUCAUCAUCAAACCCACCAGCUGCUGGCAGCUGGACUGGGAUGAACUGGAGACAAACCAGCACAGCUUCCACGCUCUGUGUCACAGCCUCCUGAAGAGGAAGUGGAUGCUCCUGGCCAGGCAUGAGCCCCAGAGCACCGGGCCAAACUGGAACGUGCUGGUGCAUCCCUAUUAUGUCAUCAUCCCCUCGGACUCUGCCACGCUCCUGGUGAAAGCAGUGGCCAGCAGAGAGCUGCUGCUGCCAUCAGCCUUCCCAGCCCUCCUGGCUGAGCACCCUGAGCACGUCAGGGGCCCCAUCGAGAGCGCCCUGAACAGCCUGGAAGUGGAAGUUGCUUACAACCCCUUGCACCUGAAGAGCAACCUCUACAAAUACCUGAGGAGUUCCCUGUACAAACCUCACCGGCAGCAGCCCCAGCCCCGGGAGCAGCGCCCUGAGCGCCACCAGCCCAGGCAGCCUCAGAGCAGAGCCAAAGCUGCAGUGGCUCCCUUGCUGAUGGCUCCCCCUCCCCUCCAAACGUUCAGACCAGCAGCAGCAGCCAGGAGAGGCUCCUGUGAGGGCUCCCUGCUGCCCAAGGAGUACGAGGAGUUCCUGCAGUGAGCACCAGGCUCCUGUGAGGGCUCCCUGCUGCCCAAGGAGUACGAGGAGUUCCUGCAGUGAGCACCAGGCUCCUGUGAGGGCUCCCUGCUGCCCAAGGAGUUCCUGCAGUGAGCAGCAGGACCUGCCCCUGGGCUGCCACAGGUCCUGGCUCAGCAGCUGGCCGGAUGUGGUCAGGCAAGACACCGAGCUUGGCCUUGGCCAGACAGGCACUUCCCAUCGUUGGUUCCUCCUUGCUGUUGUUUCACGGUUGUGCUCGUCACCGAGCCGGUUCUGCAGGAAGUUUGCUGCUGGGGACCCUCUGUCCAGAGAGGCAGCUGUCCCCUGCAGCAGCACAGCACCAUGCAUUUCCUGUUCUUGCCAGCACACAGCACCAGCCUGCCUCAGAUUUGGGUUUCUGAGACUGGGCUAGCACAGAUGACAGAUCUCUGUCAGCAGGAGCAGAAGAGCUGCAGGCAGGGCAGGGAGGAAAUCAGACAGACAAGGCAGGCAGCAGUGCUGAGCUGCCCUCAUCCCACAGCAGCAGGCUCAGUGGGUGAACAGGAAUGAAACAGGGCUCUUGGAUUGUACCUUAAAGCCUGGAGUUGUGCUCUCCUAGGUGAUCUGGUUGCUUCCAAGACUGGCCUCACUGUCCAACGCCCAGCUCAUGAAGGGGGUUGCAGCAAAUGCCCCCAAUGAGAAUUCCUGCCCAGAUGCCAGCCUGUUUUCAGUGCAGGUGUAGGGCAGGUGCCCCUGGCACGGCAGGAGCCAAGGGCAGCUUGACCAAGCCAGGGUGGGGUGGCCUCACUGAGCCCCUGAUGCCAAGCACCAGCAGAGUUUGUGUUCUACUUACUUGGUUCUGAAAAGCUGUUUCAAAAUAAAGUUAUCCCCCAUGGAGCUCACUCUCUGCCUGUGGUUUCUGACAGCACUGCUGUCCCACACUGACCUGUGCUUCCUGGGAAGGAGGCAAGGGCAGGAGACAAGCACCACAACCCCAUCAGAGCCACCUCUUCUCGCUGGGAUCCCAGCUCUGACAGGCCCAAAGGCAGGGGCUGGCUCUUCCCAUGCCCUGGCAUCUCAUCAGGCACCACACCAAGGGCAGGGACCACAGCAGACAGGGCAGACACCCCUGCAGGCACAGGGGUCGUUGGGGGCAGGAAGGAGCCAAGGGCAGGAAUGAACACACAAACGGCCCAGCCUGGAGCCUGCAAACCAGUCAGCAACAUAACAGUGACAAAAGGGUUCAGGGAGGGGGCAGCUGGGAAGCAACAAAGCCUUUGGAACCACCUCAGCCUCCCUCAGAUUUCCUAAAACCCAGUAGACUUUUUUCCCCUUCUCCUGCAGCAAAACCCCAGUGGACAAGAGGACCCAGCAGAGGGGAACAGCCACAAAUUUGCCCUGGCCACAGCUGAGCUGUAUUUUUACAGGACUGAGGCUUCCCCCUGCAAGCUGGGCAUCAGAUAAAUGACCAGAGCUCAUCACCC